UUGUUGGAAAGACAGAAAGUUGCUGCCAUAGAGACCACAAUAAACUGACGACACAUGGCAGCUUACCACAGCUGACGGGGGAGUGGCGGCCGGGAGUGGCGUGAGUGGCAUUAAUAACAUCAUAUAGGUGACGGGAUGUGCAACAUGCCACUGCAAGUUGAUCUGGAGAUAAAUGGCACAGACAAGACUGAGCUACAGGAGGGUGCCAGGUCCAUCGCCCUCAAAGUGCAUCCUGAGUGGAGUAAAGACACGCUACAGUUCCAGGUGUACACGAGUGGUAUCACCAACCAGCUGAUUGGUGUGUGGCAGGAUGAGAAGAACAGCCAGCUGCUGGUGAGGGUGUAUGGCCAAGGGACGGACUUGUUCAUUGACAGAGAGGCAGAGAGGAAAAACAUUGAAGUUUUACACAAGGUUGGCUGUGCACCAGAAUUGCUUGCUGUUUUCAAGAAUGGAAUCUGUUAUGCAUUCACCAUUGGAAUCCCCACAACCACUACAUCAAUAGUCCAAGAGCCAGUCUGGAAGGGUGUCACUCAGGAGAUGGCAAAGUUUCAUAAGACUGAGGGAGGAGAUGUCACAAAGGCUUCACUAUUCCCCAAGAUUCAGCAUUUUCUGAACCUCAUACCCGAAAAAUUUGAUGAAGCAAGGCAAAAAAGACUGGAGGAACGCAAGUACACCAAAGUUCGACUGGGGAAGGAAAUCAGUGACCUUGAGAAGUGCCUCACUACUUUAGGAUGUCCAAUUGUCUUCUCCCAUAAUGACAUUCUUCUGGGAAAUGUGAUCUGGGAUGAACUGACAAGAAAAGCCAGCUUCAUAGAUUUUGAGUAUGGGGCAGCGAACUACCAGGCAUAUGACAUUGCUAAUCACUUCAAUGAAUUUGCAGGAGUUGAUGAGGUGGACUACAAUCUGUAUCCAAGUAAGGAGUUCCAGUGCCGAUGGCUGUGCAGCUACUUGGCUCACUACUUUGGGAAGAGCGAGACAGAAAUUGAUGAAAAGGAAAUAGAAAAGUGGUACAUCUGGACCAAUAAGUUUGCCUUGGCAUCCCAUCUCUUCUGGGGCACCUGGGCCUUCGUUCAAGCCCACUACUCCUACAUAGACUUUGAUUUUCUUGAAUAUGGCAUCAUAAGGUUUGAUGAAUAUUUUCGAAGGAAAGAGGAAUUCUUGGGUCUCUCUCCAAAAGAGCAAUAGAAAAAAGUUGUUAUUGUUUUGUUGUUGUCAUAUGUUUUAUUCGUGUUCAUUAGUGGUUGUUAUUGUUUUACUGUUAUUUCAAUUUCUCUUCAUCAGUGGUUCCAUAUCAGUUUUGUUGGCUUAUAAAAUGAAAAUUAAUAAAUGUGUCAGUUAAUGAUUAUCUCAUCUUGACAGUGCAAUAAAUCCUUGAUAUGAUGAACAGUCUUGGAGAGAUCAGUUCAGUGAGGUCUUUUAAUGAACACAAGUUAUUUUAUAAGGGGAGCUACUUGAUAUUAUGUGUUCAGUGUUCACUCAGGUCUUAUUGACUCUGUGCUGCAUUUACCCCAAAAAUAUAUGCAAUAGUUAUAUAUGAAUUAGCACUGUGUGUGAUGAAACCAUGGUACUGUACUUAAAUGUGUAAUUCUGUACUUGAUAUGUACCUGCUAUGCAGUACUUUUAGUUAUGUGCAAUAUGUGCAAUUGGGUGCAAUCUAUAGUGCUUAACAGAGUGGUUUUUAUAUGUAAUGUGUAACAUUUGUGAUUAAGAAUACUAAAACUUACAGUUUAUGCAGAUCCAGUAUGGCAGUAAUUUAACAUUCCAGCAAAGCAAGGCAGGAGGUCUGUUGGUGCAUAGGCAGAUCUUGCAGCCGGCAGUGUGAUGGCCUGUGCUCGUGUUUGGUGUUGCCACAAUAUCCAGAGUGUGUUUCAACAGCUUCAUCUCCACUUGUCUGUUUUGUAUUAAUCAUUGUGCUUUACUUUGCUUGUUUUUUGCACGUAUGUUUCUUAACAUAUUUUUUUUUAUUGUACUGUAGAGACAUUUCAGAGUAUUUGUCAGUGUACGGUCAUUAGUCAGGUAAAUGCAAGUUCUGGAUCUGGAUAAACUUUAACUGGCCAGUUAUGUUCCUUAAGUUACUGGGUUAAGCUUUGUUGUAUGGAGAGGAUUUUGUGUAAAUCUCUGUCAUUGUUACUAAUAUGAGUGUUUAGUUGUACAUGUGUGGUGAAAAGACAGUCCAGGUCAAGCAAGAAUCACUCAUGCCUUGGUGAUCAUCCUGACGUGUCAGAUUCACAUUUGAUGUGAGUGUCUCUUGUCAAGGGUUCACUCCCCAGCAGCUGCCUCUUGUGGCCCAUUACUUGCUUCCAUUCCUUCACACACCCGUGAUGGGACACUGCUAAAUGUGCGUCUGCCAUGUUCCUGAUUGACCCAAAUAUCACCAAGGCCUGAGUGAUUCAUGGUCAGCUCUGACUGUCCAAUAGCUAUACUUGGUUGAUAUUAUUAUUGUUUUAAGGGUUUUAAAUACUUUAUAUUUUCCACAUAAGUUUAUUAAUACAAUACAGUAUCAAUUUACAUUUUUCCACAUAUGUAAACAUGUAUGAUGUACUGUGUUUAGCAAGGAAUGGUAAACAUACUGUGGGGGGACAUAGUGUUGGUCUGUGGUCUGAGAGAGAGAGAGAGAGAGAGAGAGAGAGAGAGAGAGAGAGAGAGAGAGAGAGAGAGAGAGAGAGAGAGAGAGAGAGAGAGAGAGUGAGUGCAUGAGUGAGUGUGUGUUCAUAUGGUGUGUAGAUGGGCUUGAUCAGGCUUGACUCUUGUAGGUGUUCCCAGGAUGCUGGAGGAGAGAUUCUUGUUUGCAGCUACCUCAGCUAAGAAACUGCCAAGUGUGAGACUCAAGACACCUGUGGGGAUAGAGUACUUGGUGUCAGAUAAUCUUUUAAUGAAGUGCUGUAGCAAUUCUCAAUCCCCGCCCCCCCACACACACACCUGCUCUAGAAAUGAAGAUUCAUCUCUGCAAACACAAUGCCUAACACUUUCACAGACAAAUCUAUGAACUACUACUACUACUACUACUACUACUACUACUACUACUACUACUACUACUACUACUACUACUACUACUACUACUACCACCACCACCACCACCACCACCACCACAAAUGACGAAAAUGCAACAAACCAUCUUUCCAAGAUGCUUGCUGGAUAAACUAUCUUUUGAGUGCAGAUGCAGUUGCCUCACACAGCCAUCUUGUUGGUGCAGUGCAGGGGAGUGUGUUCAUCCAUCAUGUUGCCUUGUCUGUGCAGAGAGAGACUGGUUUAGACUAUGCUGGAUUUUCUUUGGUUUGACUUGAAUAUAUGUUUGAGAUCAAAAUAUUACAUCCUUGUACUGUAUGAAAAAUGGAGUGAGAAUGAAUAUAUUGAGAGAGAGACCAUUUGUACCUGGAUUCUGAGCCUUGUGGAUAAAUUUAUUUGGAGAUGCAUGUGGUCAUCCCAGCUUCUGCUCCUCUAGUCCUGGCACUGCAGAGAAGUCUUCAUUCAUGGUGCCUCCUUUCAAGAGCUGCAUGUCCACCACAUCUCGACCUCUGUGGAGAGAUGCCAGGUUAAUACUGUGCAAUUCUUAAUAAAUUUUUAUAAAUA